CAGUACUGAUUGGGAAUAACAAGUGGAGUCGUGAGUGACACUUUCUCUGCUGCGUUCUCGCUCUUGGACAAGUUUUGUACAUUAACCUGAAGACCAUGGACUCCGAUACCAGUCGAGUGUCCAGCAGGCCGUCCUCUCCUGAAGUGGAAGAUAUUUUCCUGUCGACAGUUAGAAAGACGGGCGGCUUCUCAGGCGCCGUCUCCUCCACACAAAGUGACUCUCCGCCGGAGCUGAGCACCGACCUGCGAAGUCUUUCCAGCAACGAGGAGGACGGGAUCACCAUGAAAAUGCUGUCAAAGAAGGACCGCAAGCUCCUUUCAGAGAGCGAACUGCAGUCGAUGCGGCUGAAGAUCAACAGUCGGGAGAGGAAGAGGAUGCACGACCUUAACAUUGCCAUGGACGGGUUACGGGAGGUGAUGCCAUACGCGCAUGGCCCCUCGGUGCGCAAGCUCUCCAAAAUCGCCACUCUUCUGCUGGCGAGAAACUAUAUACUGAUGUUAAGCAAUUCGCUGGAAGAGAUGAAGAGGCUGGUCAGUGAAAUCUACGGGGGCGGUCACCACAGCGGCUUCCACCCGUCCGCCUGUGGGACCUUGACGCACACUGGUCCUUUGCCCGGCCACCCCGCUGUUUCCCACGCCUCUCACGCGGUUCACCAUCCUCUCCUCCCACCGGCGGUUUCCACCGCUGCGUCUCUGUCAGCGCCCGGAAUCUCGGCAGUUACCUCGGUCAGACCUCACCACGGACUGCUAAAGGCUCCGUCGGCGAGCGCAGGGCCUCUGGGUAGUAGUUUCCAGCACUGGGGCGCCGGGAUGCCUUGCCCUUGCAGCAUGUGCCAGGUGCCCCCUUCGCAUGCGGGCAUGAGCACGGUCAGCAUUCCAAGGCUCGCCGCUGACUCCAAAUGACUUGAAAACUUGCAGUAAAUCAAGGGCGUGAGGAAACGAACUGUGUACAGUCUCAUAUCACUUUGUUCAGGUGAUUUCUUUUUUUGCAUCUCAGUCCUUGCCAGCAAACGUUUGAGCCGACCUGUUUAUGAGCUUCUUCAAAUAAAA